UCGGAGCUGGAAUCCUUAACUGUCAACAGAACCGGCGGAGGAGCAACAUUUCCUGUUGCAAAUCCUCAUUACGGAUCGGCAGAGAGGAGCCGGUAACCCGCAGGAGCUGCCACUGCGGUCUUCCUCCUGCAAGGUGGUGAUUAUGCGGCCGGGACGGCGUCUGUAGCGCGGCUUUAACAGAUCUCGGUCCAGGCUUUGGAGGCGCAUUCCUGGGAGCCUGGUGUUUGGUACCUUGUUUCUGGACCAUGAUGGAGGCCUGUGGAGCUCUCACUGAGGCCCUCCUGCAGCGCCCCUGGCUUCCUGUCAGUAUCAGCGGCUGCAAGCUCUCAGCCAAGAGCUGGUUUGGGGAAACAGCGUACCACAUCCUGCUGACAGACAUGCACUGUGUGUGGGAGGAGAGGCUGGACUCAGCAGCCAUCCAGAAGAGAGCACAGGAGCUGAAUAGACGUUUGCGAGCCCCCGUUAAGGCUUUCUUCUCCCACCUGUGCAAGGUGGUUCAGCCCUGUCUGUCAGGAAGUGACGGGCAACCAGACGGCGAGGCUCAGAUUUCCCUGAGCCGACAGGAGGACGGAAACAUCAGCAUGAAGCUGAAGAGCGAGCUGGCAGGGCUGCCCUUCUACUGGGACUUUCACUGCACCCCCGCCCCCGUCACUGUGGUGUGUGUUCAGCUGGUGCGCCCCCUGCUGGCCAUGAGCCACCUGCUGCAGCGGCAGGUGGAGCAGCUCGGAGGUCUGCUGGUGAGGAAGGACGCAGAGAUCCAGGACUACAGAGAGAACGGAGCCACGCUCAGCAGAGAGCGGCUGCAGACGACCGUGUUUGAGGAGCAAACGUACAGAGAGGACUUCAUGGCAAAGGCUCUUCCUCUGCUGCGUUCUGAACAGCCGGACGCUCUGGGCUUCGACGCCGACCUCCAGCACCUGUACGCGACCAUCGUCGCCCACGGAGACGCACGCGGCCACAAACGGAAACUGUCAGAGGAGGACAAGGCGCCCGCCGAAGAACCAGCCGUCGCCUCGUCUCAGGGUGUGCCUGUCAGCUGUGAAGCAGGUGAGGACAGAGAGCAGAGCCUCGACACGCAGGUGAACCCCGCUGGAGCCAAGAUGGCCGACAGAGCCACGGUACAGCAGUCUCUUCCGGUCACGUCCGUCCCUGCGGAGCGACCGUCCUCCAAACCAAAGAAGAAGAAAGUGGGACUGUUCAGAUGAGACGGAGCAGUCGGACGCACACAGACGAUAAUUCAGAACUUCAUAAGAGAAAUCUCUUUUUUUUUUCCAUUUGCUGAAAAAUGACUUUAAAAACCUUUUCUUUUAAACUUUUAUUCUGACGAAGGACACUUUGACACUCUGGUUUUAAUUCGGGUUUAAAUUGAUUCAUAGAACGUCUUUUAGAUUAAAAAUGUAAUUAAACAGAUUUUAAAUCAGUUUUGUCAAAUAAAGUUUGGAUUUUGGGGUUUUUAGAGUAAAAUAUUAAAGAUGUAACUGUAAUUUUAAUGGCUGUUUUUGUCGUCUCUAAAACUCAAACUUUUGUCCAAAUUUAGUCAAGAAACGGGUGUUUUCUGUGUGUUUGCAAGCAUCCGGAUCUUUCCACGCGCUGGCGGCGGUCGAUAGAGCAGCCGACCUCCUUUCUCGCAGCGCACUGAGAUGUUGACUCAAGGUGUUGCAGCAUCUCGGGAAUGCUGUUGAAGUUUUAGUUGAAAAGUCACUGUUUGCCUGCAGGACUUGAGGACUUUCUGUGGGACAAACGUGACUGAAAAGUGGCGUCACGUUAACUGGAGAUGCGGACGGUAUAUUUACUGUUUGGUGUGAUUUGAGGCCUUUAAUUUCCAGCUGAUUUCCUGGUGAUGUUCCAGAUCAUUUCCAGGACAGAGGCUGGUUUGAACUGUUUCUUCUUUUUAGCGAAAACACCAAAUAUUUGAUGACGUGGACAGGAGACGUUAUUUCUAGAAGAUUUGUCCUGAAGUCCCGUUCAUGUAAGAAUCUGUUCCUGAUUUCACUUUGGGCCCCUGAAGGCCCCACUGAGGGCCCCUGGGAGUCCUCAGACCCCAGUUUGGCCUCCAGUAAUGGAGCUUGGUGUUGGGUGUCGUGUCUCUGCUGGUGAAACUGGACCACAGCUGAUCUGAGAACAGCGACCUGGCUCAGUACGGCCUGUCUGUCUGCCUGCCUGUCCAUCUGUCUGUCCUUCAGUCUGUCUGUUUCUGUCUGUCUGUGUCAAACUGACAGGUUUUGAACACCAAAUAAAAGCAG